AGCUGCUGUUCGUGUUUCGGUGCGCCGCUGGUGGCUGGAUUUUUAUUUGCUACCGUCAGAGUCAAGUGCGCGCUUUCGUUGUGCCCUUCGGUUCGUGUUGUACUUGUAUGGAUGAAGUACUAGAUGAACCAGGCACGGAAAAUGUUCGGUCCUCCACUAGUACUUAGAGAGACAUUAAACAUAGGAACUACUCCAAUUUAC